AGAGCUGGUUGGGGGCCAAACCAAUAAAUGGAGAGGGGUCCCUCCCCCCCAUAUUAUUGGUGAAUAAGUCAAAAAGGCUAUCCCCUCACCCAACAACCCAUAUGCUCGGCCAACCCAUUCAAAGAAGAGAGUUAAGCUCUGGAAAUACUCCAUAUUCAUCUGCCAUAUACGUAUUGGAGCUAAGGAGGAAGAAGGAGGAGAAAAGAGAAGAGGAAAAGUUGGUUUUGGAGAGGAAAACUUGUGUUUAGCAAGGUAUUCAAGGAACUUUCACGGAGUUGAAAGAGUCGCCGGAGUUGUCGCCGGAGUUCGUUGAAGUUCGCCGGAGUUUCACCGGAGCUAAAUCGGGAAGGCUAGAACUUCAUAAGCAUCAUUAAGGUUGAGGCUAGGGUCCUACUACCUGCACCUUUGCCUAGGGUGAUCGAUCGAGAAGGAAGACGUGGUUCGUGCUUCCAUUCAUAUUUCAAAUGUAUAAACUGCUCAUGGAUUUUUGAACAAUAUUUUCAUUAAAACAGUUGGGGGCCUGCGUGCCCGUGUUUGCCACGUGUGGCUAAGUAUCAAACAUUUUAUUAUUUCCGCAUUUGUUUGAGUAUGAUAUUGAUGUUGAUUGUAUGUGUUUACUAAUCGGUUUGGCGAUGGAAUCAAUCGGACGCCUUGUACAACUCAAUAGGGAUGAACUGUUGUUGUUCUUAUCGGGUUGUACGGCGGUUGUCUACGUGGCUCGGAUGGGGUCCGGGGCGUGACACAUCUGCCAUGGAUUUCUCUUGGAGUACGACGUCAUAGCUGCCUGUGUUUCGUUCUUUGCAGAGAACCUUUUUGCCACAAUGGAUCCUAUUUUACUUGUUAUGGUCAAGGUUGACGGUUUUUGGGAUUCUGACAACGUGUUCAACAAUGUCCACACAUGUGGCCUUCAUGUUAACUAUAAUGUUCAAUAUGCUUCUUUUAUUAACUCUUUGAGUGACAUCCUUUCUCAGUACAAAGCUAAUCAUAAUUUCAGGCUUUCUUAUAUGCGAGAUGGAUUUCCUCCUCCUAUUACUAUAAAUGAUCAAUCUAUCUUAACAUUUUAUCUUUAUAUCAAGUCUCUUCAACCAGAUUUUUCAUUGUAUCCACUUUGUGUUGAGUUUUAUCCUGUUUCAUCUUCUCCUGCAUUUUCUAUUGAUGUUGGACCAUCUGCUUCUCCUUGGUCUGAAAAUGUUGUCAUUUCUUCACAACAACAUACCCCUUAUGAUGAGAAUGUUGUUGUUUCUUCUUCCCAUGCUUCACAACAACAUACCAUUUAUGAGAAUGUUGUUGUUUCUUCUGCCCAACAACAUUCCUCCUCACCUGCAUUUUCUUUUGAUGAUGGCCCACCAUUUGGUCAAUAUGAAAAUGUUAUGCUGUCUGGGGUAAGUUGUGGCCAAUCUGAAGAUAUUGUUUCUUGUAGUAACACUGUGUCUGCAACUAUAGAAAAUGAAUCAUCUGAAGACAGUGAUGACAUGUCAGAUGAUAUGUCAGAUGGCCUUUUAACUAAAUCAUCUUACUCAUUCUCAUUUCUCCAAAAUUUUGAAAUCAUCACACAGUCCCAUCCUAAUUGUCUUCUUCUCCAUGCUAUUUACAAAAAUAAAAAAGAACUUAUUCACCAUAUGAAGAUGUAUGCUAUCACAAACCACUUCCAAUACAGAACUAAGACAUCGAAGAAAAUAUGUUUGCAUGUUAUUUUCUUAGAUCCAAAAUGUUGUUGGAGUUUUUGAGCUGUAAAACUACAUGGCGUAACAAUGUUUCAAAUCAGAAGAUUCCGGCCAGUUCACACAUGCUCUAUUGAUUACAGACAAGGCAAAUAUAGACAGGCAUCUGCUAGUGUGAUAGCAAAUAUUAUUGCACACAAAUACCUUGAUGCUUCCAAUAAACCCUACCCCCCAAAGCAAAUUCGUGAGGACAUGAGUAUGCAGUAUGGAAUUUCCAUGUCAUACAACAAAGCUUGGAAAGCACAGAAGAAAGCAAUGCAGCUGCAAUUUGGUUCUGAUCUUGAAUCCUAUCAGCUUUUGCCUUCAAUGGCUUAUGUGCUUGAGAAAACAAAUCCUUGCUCUAUGUUUAAUCUAGUCACAGGGCAGGAUGAUGCAUGAUGGAGUAUAUGGGUCUAGGCCCCAGGACCCACAUACUCGGAACAGAAAGCACAGCCACUACGCGGUGCCCUCGUCGGCCAGAAUACCCUCGUCGGCCGAAGAGAGGCCGACCCAGAAUAUGAUCUUGAAGCCAAGGAACCAGGGUGUCCUCGUCGGCCGUGCCCUCGUCGGCCGUGCCCUCGUCGGCCGUGCCCUCAUAGGCCAAGACCCUCGUCGGCCACGGGAGACUCACAGAACCGGAUUUUACACUUACUCAUUUGUAUAGCCCACCAGUGGCUUUGUAUUCGGCCCAGUAGCGGCCCAGUUGUAAAUGGGCCUCCCAAGCCCAAGGCUUGGGAGCCCAGCCCGUAUUUUUCCUAUAAAUACUUCCUCUGGAGGUAGUUAUGGGGGUUACAAAAUCAUUCUAUUGAAG